AUAGAUUUUAAUUUAUUAAUUCAUAAUUAAUUUGUAUUGCGUAAUUUAUAAAAGUCUGAUAACCAUUUACAUUAACCAAACUAAGGUAUUAAUAUUCAGUGACAAAAUGCUUAUGAAUUUAGAAUACGAGACAAAACAAAAGCAAUUUGACAAACAGUAAAUACAUACAUUCUAUAUUACUAUAUAUGCAUCGCUAGUAAUCAUAGUAAUAAUAGUCAUGAUGGUAUACACAAUGAAGGAACAGAUCGGAAACGUUUUUAUAUCAAGGUUCUUAUUGUAUUUCUUUCUCAAGUAUUUCUAUUGAAUUUAGUAUUCUACAUCUUUGAUUAUAUGCCAGUAUUAAAUCAAUGGAUUGGGCAACAUAUAUGGUCAAUGUAUUUGUUAUGUUUAUUGAAUGGUUAUAAUGCAGUUAUUCUUUUAAAAGUUCCAACUAUUGAACGAUUCUUCCCUCUUAAUGUAAUUAUUCUGAGUAUUUUUACAAUCUUCCAUUCAUCCAUUGUGGUCAAUAUUACAUAUCAAAAUGCUACAGUUGAUGAUGCUAUUUCAUUUAUUAUUGUUUUGUUAACAUCAACAGUUCUAUUCAUCAUUACAACAAAAUAUUCCUAUGAUAUAACAGUCUUUUUCUAUCAAUAUUUCUAUGUAUUUAUAGUACCACUGAUAGUUUUACCUAUUCUUAUUUUGAUAUUUACUUUCAUUGGAUUUGAAAUAUUAACGAGUAAAUUGUUCAUGGUAUUCACUUUUAUACACUUUCAAUUUUUCACAAUCAUCACAGCUCAAACACUUCAAGGUGGUCAUGAUGUUGAAGUAGAAAUAGAAGAUUAUGUUCUAGGAUCAAUGCAAAUGUUCAUUGUAAUUUUAUGUUCAUCAUUAUCAUUAUCAACAUUAUUUGAAAGAAAUUUCAUUGAAGAAUAUGAUUUGUUUAAAACAAUAUUCUUGAUAUUCAAUAUUCCAUUAGUAUAUUUUUCUAUAUUGGUUAAUGAAACUAAUCUCAAAAGUAAACUAAAUAAUCAUAUGGACCAAAUUACUCAUUAACAUGAUACAUUACAAUAUGAAAUCAUGAAAUAAAAAAGUGGUUUUUAUGAUUUUAUUUGCUAAUAAAUCCUUUCCAAUUAUCA